AUGACCAGCUCUUGGAAACUGUCGCUGUUGGGGGACUUGUGUGGUCGAUCGGUUCGACAUCGUGCCUUGAUUCUCACGAGUAUGGGCGGAAUGUUUCUUUCUUUGAUAGCCGUCGGGACUAGUCUCAUAGUGAUAGACAGAAACCCAAGACAAACGCUCAAGUGGGCUAUUGGACUUAGCGUUACAAUGGUGAUGACAUUUGUGGCAACAUUCUCAAUAGGUGCAGGACCACUGACAUGGGUCUACUGCUCAGAGAUAUUCCCCGUGAGGCUAAGGGAUCAAGAGGAAAGUUUGAGAGUGAAGUUGAAUAGAUUGAUGAGUGGUAUUAUCAGAAUGACAUUCCUAUCUCUUUCUAAAGUUCUAACCAUCAGUGGUGCAUUCCUUCUCUUUGCCGGAGUUGCGGCCACUGCAUGGGUCUUCUUCUCGCAGUAUGCCUUUUAG